UCACACAAAAUAUCAUUAACAGCCCUAUAUCAUAUAUGUGCGCGUUACAACUCGAAUAAUUAGAAGCAAACGCUAUUAGGUACUCACUAGUAGACAUUUGCUUGAUUAUACGUAUUUAAUGAGAGACAUUAGCCAGUUUUGAUACAAUAAUGGCAACCUUUGGAGUAGUAGAAGACAGCGAUGGAAAGUUUUUAGAAGGAGGAUCGGCCAAUUCGGCAGACGAAAUGGAUUUCCCCCGGGCUGUUAUUGAUUUGGUGAAAACUUGUGAAAUCCCACCGAUGUAUUUCCGGAAUAGGAUAUUCUCUCCCCAUUCCCAAGAUAUGAGCAGCUUGAUGCCUGCAAGUAAACCAGCGUCAAGGCAUAGAUUGAUUCACAGAGAAUGGGGAAAGAGUGUAUCUCGCAGAGUGGAAGGUCAAGGAGUGAUGGCUCUCUUGACGAUAGAUGACCAAGCACUGGACGAAGAUAAAGCUAAGAGAAUAGCACAUUAUAUUCAGAACAUACUCAAAGAAACUCAAUGUGAAUUUCUAAAAUGGGACCAGCAGUGUCUUCUACUCUACUUUAGCUCACCCAACGAUUACCAACGUCUAGGAGAACGUUUUAUGCACAGAGAACUGGACGAUUGCGCAGGAUCAAGAGUCAUGCAACUGGAAGCGGCUAAACUGACCAAUCCACCUCGCAGUCUGAUAGAGAUCUCAGUACCUCGUGACCAAGGGGAUUCUACAAGACAUACCAUAUCAUCUUUCCUCUCAUACUUCUCCGGGGCUUUCACUCAUGCAACCAUCAUGGAAGAAGACAACUCCACUGCCAGCGCCGCCGUGUCCUCCGAUGGCAUUCCAUCCAUGGGCGUGGUCAUGAUGUUCCAAUCAGGUGCGGGCAAGGUCCAGGAAGUGUUCUCCUCUCAACCUUGGAAGAGCCAAGCAUUCUCUGACGAAGUCUCCCAAGUAGAGUUCGCAACCCAGUUCUACGUCCACACACAGAAGGCGCUUCCAUUCUGGGGGGUACGUACAGGGGCCCCCGCAAACGGCGUGCGCCUCCUGCUGUUUGUCCGCGAUCCUAGGAAGUUUGAUGUCAUGGACGAGUUCUAUCAACAGUUCACCGGUGUGACACCCUUAGAGCACAAGUCUACGGCCAGUGCGCUCCGAUACAGUACAUAUACCCUCUCACCACGGUGUGAGUUUACACUAGCUCAUUAUCCUGGUCUGAAGCCCUACUCAGUAGACUCGUUAUCAAUGGGAUUUCAUAUAAGAAAUUUGAACAAGGCUGCAGGGGCCGAACGACUAAACGAUGAUCACUGGUCCACUAGAGAUCCCGAAGAUAACAAGGUUACUCUGUUCUCUGUCAGAAGGUAAAUCUAUUCAACAAGUACUACUACAGUCAUCCUCUCAACACAAGUAUUUAAUUUAGGUACACAUCCUUAUUUUACAAUGUUAAUAAUUGUUUCCUAACAACUUUUAGGAUUUUAGGAUUCUUUUCAUAGAAAUGCUAGUUAUCUCAACUAAACAGUUUAAGUUGAACAUGUAUCGUAUUGCUUGGUGUGUAGUUACUGAAAAUGUGCACUAAUUCAGUACAUUGACAGUAUGCCUUGAUAA